UGCUGACCGAUUCGAAUACAAUCUAGGUGCACGUUAGCUGCAUGGUAUACUCAGAGGUAUUCAUAUCAAUAUGAAAGAUGAGAAUUGAAGCCGGGUUGGUGCACGUCGAGAGACAUGACGGGCUGCGCGAACUCUGAAAUAAGGCAGUCGUGCGUUUUGCAUAGUGUCAAUCGACAACUGAGCGGAAGAUCGAUUACUCCAUCUAUUGCAUGGUGCCAUGCAGAACAGUGGUUUCCCAGUACUUCGGCUGUCGACGGUGCAGAAUCCUGAUGCAGUCUCGACGACAGGCUGAUACCGACAUUUUCAACCAUUGUCCCACAGAGCGUGACACAAAACGCCACGGAACAAACGGUUCAAAAUAUCGAUAUUUGGCGUCACGGAAAUCUGUGAAAUUUUGGUAAUUUGGCGAGUACGACAUGUCCGAGGUCACUGUGGCGGACUCAUUGUCUCUCGUUUUUGUUGGUUAUCGCCUAUAAUAAUAGUCCGACAAUUAGCGACAACACGUUGACCAUCGACGACCUAAAGACGAAGAAGUCAAUCCGACUGCAACUAUCCGUUUUCCAGCGUACCAUGGCGGCUUCGCUAGCUUCCGCAACGACGGCCGUUUCGUCGCUAGCACCGCUUUCUGAGCAAUUCAAGGCAGAAGUCUCUCUGGUCGACCUGGGUUUUGAUGCAUCAUCCCAGGACAUCUCGGAUAUUCGGGAGUUCGAAUUUGCGUGGAGUGACUUUCUUACCAAGUAUCCCGAACAAACUCCGAAAGGCCAGCGAGAAAACCGCAUUGAAACGCUGCAAAAGCAAAUUCGUGAAACCGAGCUUUCGAAGACUUCGAUGGAAGAAGAGCUGCAAACGCAAUUGGAUUUCUUUCGAACCAAAUGCGAGCAACUUGAAGAUACCAUGACCGCGGAACGUACCGUCGCAAAAGCAUCACAUCAUGCUACGUACGAUGCCUUAUGCCGGCAGUUGGAUGCGGUUGCUCGGGCUGACCACUUACAGCAUCAGACGCUACCCUGGUUGCAUUUUCUUCACGAAGUUGAUCGGAUUGCGGCAAAAAAAAUAUCCGCCGAAUUUGCCACCAGAGAUUCUAUAGAUGAUGGACCAAAGAACAAGGCACGUCCUAGCGCCCGUGCUCUAGCGUUGACGUCCACUUGCGCUACAAUGGAUAGUGGCCUGAGUUCUGACCUCGAAUUACGCUCGUAUCGUAUUGAUCACGCUAUCUUAUCGACUCACGUCUCGGUUUUACGAAAAGAGAUCGAGCGGUACGAGAAAACAAUGGAAUCACAGCAAUGGGCCGGACAGUUCCUGACGGAACACAACGUUUGGGGAAUCCUAACAGCAACCAAGAGCGUCAGUACAGCAUCUGUCACUACCGCAGGGACCAAGUCUUUCUCUUCUCCGCAAAGGGCAGUAGCAUCGUACGGCCGUUCAGCAAAUGACAGCACGUCAUCUGCUGUAGAAACUAAGAUCGCUCCAUCCCAUGAAGAAAUGCCUUUAACGCCCAAUCAUAUACCGCAGCUUUCCGAGCUACCGCUUGAAGAAAGCAAGUCCACAACGAAUGCAUAAACAAAGAAAAUCUACUCAAAAGCAUAUCAAACUGUAAAUCCCCCCCCCCCCCCCCCCAUGUUAUUCUUAC